CAUUUAUAUUAAAUAUUGAACUAUAGUUAAGUUUAAGAUUUACAUGAUGGCUGGAUUUCCAUUAACAAAAGUAGAAUUACAGACUGAUGUAUACAUGGUAUGCUUACAGCAUGCAUUGUCGACAGAAAGAUUUGAAGUAAUGGGGUUAUUAAUUGGGGAUACAGUACUUGGUGUUGCAAAAAUUGUAGCAGUUGUUAUUUUGAGACGUUUGGACAAAAAGAAAGACAGAGUAGAAAUUUCACCUGAACAUUUAUUAAAAGCUGUUAGUGAAGCAGAUCGUUUAUGUGAGGAAUUAAAACGUCCUGUGCGUGUACUUGGAUGGUAUCAUUCUCAUCCCCAUAUUACAGUUUGUCCAUCACAUCUUGAUGUUAGAACUCAAACAGCUUACCAGAAAUUAGAAGAUGGUUUCGUGGGUUUAAUAUUUUCAGUAUUUUCAGAAAGUAAAGAAUCUAAGGAACAGGAAAUUUCUUUAAUUUGUUUCCAAUCUCACAAUGACAAAGCAAUAGAAAUUCCAUUAGAAAUUGUACAUACGCCAAUAAUAUCAAAUACAUGUUUAAAAACAAUGACAAAUUUAUUAAAAAUUUUGGUACAAGAAGAAGAAGAGAUGGCAGAAUCAUACAAAGAUCACCAGGAUAUUCUUGCCAGCAUACACAAUAAUGCUGUAAGGACACGAACAUUAGUUCAUAUAACGGACAUAAUUACUAAGCCAUUAGUACUAAUGUUCAAGAAAAGGAUAGCUUUAAAUGAAUUACGCGCUGCAUAUCUUCGAAGACAACUACAAGAACUACAAAAAGUGUGUAACUGA